AAUAUUGCCAAAAUUGGAUACUUUUCAUAAUAUAAAGUGUGUUUAAAUAGCUCGACAAUGUUCCAUGUGUAGCCAUAACACGACACUGGCAGAAAUAGCUGAAAGUAUCGGCAGAUUGUUUCAUGUGGUAUGAUUAUUUUUCAGAUUGCUUGUGGCGACUUGCACAAAAUUUCUCAAUCCGUAGUAUCAAAAACGGGUUUCCAGGUGUAAUUGGAUGUAUUGAUUGCACACACAUUCCAAUAAAAAAUCCAUCCAGAACAAGGGGAGAAAUCCUUCGUAAUAGAAAAGGCUGGUUUUCUAUCAAUGUCCAAAUAGUAUGUGGAUUGCAAAUGGAAAUAUAUGACAUUGUUGUGCGAUCGCCUGGAUCUGUGUAUGAUUCGCGCAUAUUUAGCAACAGCAGAUGCUGUUUGAGAUUUGAAGAAGGCGAUUUGGUUGGCAUUCUUGUCGGAGACAGCGGUUAUGCGCAGACUGGCUUUACCCCUGUACUGAAUCCUCAAACAGACCCAGAACACAGAUACAGUCGAGCACGUGUGUUGACAAGAAACGUUAUUGAUCGUGUAAAUGGUGUAUUCUUUAAGAGACUUUUGUACAGUACACAAAAAUUCAUGCAAUAUUAUAGUCUCUCUCUUGUGCUGUCCUACACAACAUUUGUUUAA